UUCUUCCUCCCCCAGAUCUCACGCACACACCCCAGCCCCGGAAGAUGGGGAACUGCCUCAAAUCCCCGACCUCGGAUGACGUCUCCCUGCUUCACGAGUCUCAGUCGGACCUGGCUAGCUUUGGCGAGGGGAGGGAGCCAGAUCCGGAGCCGCCGCCGCCAUAUCAGGAACAAGUUCCCGUUCCUGUCUAUCAUUCAACACCUAGCCAGACUCGGCUAGCAACUCAACUGACUAAAGAGGAACAAAUUAGAAUAGCUCAAAGAAUAGGCCUUAUACAGCAUCUGCCUAAAGGAGUUUAUGACCCUGGAAGAGACGGAUCAGAAAAAAAGAUCCGAGAGUGUGUGAUCUGUAUGAUGGACUUUGUUUAUGGGGACCCAAUUCGAUUUCUGCCGUGCAUGCACAUCUAUCACCUGAACUGUAUAGAUGACUGGUUGAUGAGAUCCUUCACGUGCCCCUCCUGCAUGGAGUCAGUUGAUGCAGCACUGCUUUCAUCCUAUGAGACUAAUUGAGCCAGGGUCUCUCGUCUCACUUUAAGUGAACCAUCACUUUUGGUGGUUUUGAUUUUUUGUCACUGAGCCCAAAGAGCCAGGGAUUAGGAAUUAAGAUCAUGCACAAAAGUUACCUAAAAAUUCUUGGAUGGCUGCAGAUGUUGAGGAAAGUAUGUGAUAUUUUAGAAACUUACGGGGGAAAGUAGGAUGGAUCGUAUUUUUAUGUAAAGCCUUGACCCAGUGUUUAUAAAUGUUAUUAGACCUUGUUCUUGCUCCACUACAUAGGAAUUGUGUAAAGUGUAACAGCAAUUGUACAUGUUUAAAUUGUGUGUGUUGAAGAUUAGGAAAAAGAUAGCUGUUAUUUUUCCUAAAUGAGAUAAGUUUGUUCUCCCUUCCACCCAAAUUCUUUUAUGAAGAGUUAUUGGCAUUUGGGUCAAGGUUUUAUUAAAAGCUACAUUUUAUAACACUGACACAAAAAAGUAGUUUUAAGCUUGUUUGCACAGUUCUUUUUUUCCAUUGGAAAUGGAAUUCAUUGCCUUGGGUCUUUUUAAAUAGUGUAUUAUUAUCGUUGGGGCUGGCUCUAUGCUUGAAAACCAGUUUAUUUAUAACCUGUUGUAAGUGCUAUAUUCUGUUUGCAGUUAGGAAAUGCAGAAUUCAAAGUGAUCUCCUAGCUUGUAAGCGAACUGAGAUGCACUGUCCCUUUUCUAUUACAAAUGAGCUAAUGUGU